AUGAAUUCUGCCGGCAAAAUAGUAUCAAUUCCUCAAGAAAUAAUGUUUGAAUUAUUCUCAUGGCUUCCUUCUGAUUCGUUAAUGCGUUUCAAGUGUGUUUCCAGAUUUUGUAAUUCGAUGGUAUCCGAAUCAGAUUUUUUGGAUAUCCAUAGAUGUCGUUCUGGUGAGAUAGAAUUCCUUUUGCACGGAGUAAGUGCUUAUUACACUGCAGAGGAAAAGAAAAAGAAAUAUGGAAAAGCCUCUACCUUGGUUCUUCAAGUUGACGGAUUUGAUAGUCUUUACAACUGUGUCCCUACUGACCCUGCAUAUUCUUGUUUGGAUUGUGUUAAUGGUUUAUUUUGCGAUUGGGAUUCAUCAAAUAUGCGACCUGCUGCAAUUUUCAAUCCCAGCGCAAAAGAAGUAAGAUUUCUGCCCGACCCAAUUGAAAGUAAAUGCUGGAAUAAAUAUUCAUUAGGUUUUGAGCCGAAAGAAAAUAAGUACAAAGUUCUCUUGACAACACAUCUUUCUCGAGAAAGGUACACAAAAUACGGGGUUUUCACAUUAGGCAUAGACAAAUCAUGGAGAGACAUUGCAUUUGAUGUUAAAUCUGAAAAAAUCAAAAUUAUUGCAUUGUGGAUUGCACUUGAGUUGGUGUACUAUUACCGGUUGAUAGAGGUGAAGGGUAAAUUAGGGGUCAUCGAUUACAGAAAAUGGGUCAGUGGGUACUUUGACUUGUGGAUUUUAGAGAAGACUCCAAAAAGAGAAUGGGAGAGACAAAUAAUUGGUGUUCCCUCGAUAUGGAAAACUAGAGAGCCUAGAUUUGCAUCAUUCUUCAUGGACCGUCAUGGAGAGAUUGUAUUCGUUGUGUACUUAAGUCGAGAUCAAAACCCUAAGAAACUUCAUGAGGCGAAGCUAGUUGGUAACAUUGCUGGUUGA